AUGAACUGCACAAAUGUCAACUCUUCUAGGAUCAAGACUCGAUCAACGACAACUCUCCUAGCUUUAUUAAUUGUCUUCCUGUUGACCACUUGUAUUUUAAACCAAACACUCUCGACCAAUGCUUUUCCAACGCAAACCACCAUUCCGAUCAUUCAAGAUAUCUCUUCCUACAACACCACAGCAACCAUCACUGAAAAUAUGAUCAUGGCCAUUGAUGCAGGAGUUAGCGAGAUGGUUCAAACGGCUGCAUGGAGAAAACUCUUCUCUGAUUUGAAUCUUCCCUUUAAUAUUCCUCAAUGUGUGAAAAAUCCCACUACUAGUUAUCCAUUAUCCAAUCCAUUUGUUGGAAUGGAUACAUUGAAUGUUUGUUACGAAAUACCUACAGAUCCAUGGCUAGAAAUUUACAAGCAAGGAGGUGAUCUAUUAAUUCCCAUUCUGAACACCAAGUAUGGAAUUACGUUAAAAACCAAACAUUACUUUUUGAAUACCACCAAAUUGGGCUAUUUCGAAACCAUGAAAAAAGGAGUCGAUUCUGGCUUUUGUCACAUCAUUACCAGUGCUGCCAUUAAUACUCAAGAACGAGCAGAAAAGGUUUAUUUCAACUGUCCAAGUGGAUCAUCCUCGCUUGCUUUCUUAAGAUCUGAACUCGAUAACACCAACUCGACCGAAUAUUUUAAUAACGUGAAAACACUCAAUGACUCGAGAGCGAUCAUUGCUGUUUUUGGUGGAGCUUACUUUGAGUCACAAGCGAAGAGUUUUUUCUCGGCAGCUCGACUCAUUGUUGUGAAUGGAGGAUUUGCUGAUAUUUGGCCAUAUAUUUUAACAAAGCAAGCUCAUGCAAUGAUUGGAGAUGCAGUAGAUGUGUCUAGUUGGUUGAAUAGUAAUAAGAAUCAAUGUCAACGGUGUUUUGUAUCCAUCAUGGGAAGUCCCUAUGAUUUUUCGAGUUUUACAACGAGAAAUUAUGUGAAAAAUUCAGGAAUGGUUAAGAAUGUAUGGAACGAUAUACCAUGGAUAGCUCUUGUGGUUGUGCUAAAUCUGCUCAUCACAAGCUUGAUUGUAUUGUAA